AUGACAGCCUCUAAUAUUCCCUUCAACGUCUCGGAGCACUACAAGGUGCACGAGGUGAUCGGCGAGGGCGCGUACGGUGUUGUCGUUUCCGCGGUCCACAUUGCAUCGGGGACCAAAGUCGCCAUUAAGCGGAUCACGCCGUUCGACCAUGCCAUGUUCUGCCAGCGCACUCUGCGCGAGAUCAAGCUCCUGCGGCACUUCCGCCACGAGAACAUUAUCGCAAUCCUCGACAUCAUCGCGCCCCCCAGCUUUGACCAGUUCCACGAGGUUUACCUCGUCCAGGAGCUCAUGGAAACUGACCUGCACCGCGUCAUCCGCACGCAGGAGCUGUCGGACGACCACUGCCAGUAUUUCCUGUACCAGACGAUCCGUGGGCUCAAGGCACUGCACAGCGCCAACGUGCUGCAUCGUGACCUGAAGCCUUCUAAUCUCCUACUCAACGCCAACUGCGACCUCAAGAUCUGCGACUUUGGCCUCGCGCGCUCGGCUGCCCUUCCCCCUCCCGACGCUGGGCCGAACGGAGGAAACGGCUUCAUGACAGAAUACGUCGCAACGCGCUGGUACCGCGCCCCAGAGGUCAUGCUGUCAUUCCAGGAAUACUCCAAGGCAAUUGACGUUUGGAGCGUCGGCUGUAUCCUCGCCGAGAUGAUCAACGGCAAGCCCCUCUUCCCUGGCCGCGACUACCACCACCAGCUGAGUCUCAUCCUCGAGUGUCUCGGCACACCGACCAUGGACGACUUUAACGAGAUCACGUCGCCGCGCUCCAAAGACUACCUCCGCGCGCUGCCGUUCCACCGCCGCCGCGACCUGCGCGAAAUGUGCCCCAAGGCCAAACCCAAUGCGCUCGACCUCAUGCGCCGCUGUCUCACAUUCUCCCCACGCAAGCGCAUCACCGUCGAAGAGGCUCUCGAGCAUCCCUACCUCGAGCCGUACCACGACCCGUCCGACGAGCCGGGCGCCGAGCCCCUCCACCCCGACUUUUUCGACUUUGAGAACCGCCAGAGCGCGCCAGGCAGAGAGCAGCUCAAGGCCCUCAUCUACCAGGAGAUUCAGCGUCCGCUUAGCGACGCAUAG